AAUUAAUUUCUAAGGCAAGUUAAGCCCAGGUAAGCGCGCUCGAGCCCGGCUCGUUUCCAACCCUAGCUCAAUAGAGAGAGAACUCCACCGAUCGAAGGUGCGAAUCCUUUUCGAGAGAUCCCCAGAUCGAUCCUACCCUAAUUCGACUCUCCGAUCCCUUCGUGUUCGUGCGAUCGAGAGCCCCCUAAUCGAUGAGCUCGCGGCCUCCCAAUCUCACCUUCAAGCUCGUCCUCCUCGGCGACGGCCGAGUAGGAAAAACAUCGCUUGUGUUGCGAUAUGUGAAUAAUGUUUUCUCCGAAAAACAAGAAGCCACGGUUCAAGCUUCCUAUCUAAAGAAACGUCUUGUUAUUGAAGGUGUGCCUGUUACCUUGUCUAUAUGGGAUACUGCUGGACAGGAAAAGUUUCAUGCAUUAGGCCCUAUUUAUUAUCGCGACGCAGAUGCUGCAUUAUUAGUCUAUGAUAUUACAGACAGUGAUACUUUCCUUCGGGUUAAAAAGUGGGUUGAAGAACUUAAACAAAUGGCGCCCAAAAAUAUUGUUAUGGCCAUUGCUGCAAACAAAAGUGAUUUGGUUAGAUCAAAGAAGUUGAAUAUUCAAGAGGCUGAAAGCUGUGCAGAAGCUAUUGGAGCAAAGCUUUUUGUAACAUCCGCUAAAUCAGGGGCUGGAACCGACGACGUAUUCCUCUAUAUAGCAAAACGACUAAUGGAGAAAAGGAAAAGUGAUGGGGAAGGAUUGUUACCUACUCCUCCAAGAAAGGGUAUUAUAGUUAUCGACGACGAACCUGAGAGAGAACCCCCAGCAAAGUGCUGCUCAUAGCAAUUGUAUAUCAGAUUGUUGAUAGUCUUUUCAAAUAAACAUGGAGGACAACAAUUCACUUCGUAGAAAAGGCUGGUAGCAGCUCCUCCACAAGGUAUGGCAGAAUUUUGAUAUUUCGGUGAGGCCCGUCUUUCCUAGCAAUCUGGCAGUCUCUAGUCAGACAUCUAUGCUAACCAUUGCAUUGGUAGAAAUCUCCAAAAGAAUGCAAUGAAUGCUUUGGGUCCGUCAGCAUGUUGCCUAUGUAUUUUAUUGUUGUGUUGACAUUUGUAAUGUGAAAACUUUUAAUUGGCUCAUGCACAUACUCUAAAGUGUCAUAAUGAGUUUGACAGCAUGUUAAUAAUGUAUAAAAACAACAUUGUAGAGGAUCUGUAA